AUGACUGAACAAAAAACAAUCGAUGAUGUAGUAUUGCAUUUGGAAAAAUAUCCUAAUUCACAGGUAAUAUUUUUAGUAGGAGCAGGUAUUUCCACAUCAUGUGGUAUACCUGAUUUUAGAUCUCCAAAGACAGGAUUAUAUCAUAAUUUAGCGAAAUUGAAAUUACCUUUUGCUGAAGCUGUGUUUGAUAUAGAUUUUUUUCAAGAGAAUCCCAAACCUUUCUACAUAUUGGCUAAAGAACUGUAUCCAGGUAAUUUCAAACCUACUCAUUUCCAUUAUUUAAUGAAACUGUUUGAAGAAAAGGGACGUUUACGUAGAAUAUAUACCCAAAAUAUUGAUACGUUGGAAAUGCAAACAGGUAUUGACCCCAAAUAUAUCAUUGAAGCGCAUGGUAGUUUUGCAAGUAACCAUUGUAUCGAAUGUGACAAGAAUUUCCCUAUGGAAUACUUUAAAUCAAAAUUAAACGAAGCCUCGAAUGAGUAUGUGUUUUGCAAAUGUGAUGAAUGUGGAGGGCUAGUUAAACCAAAUAUUGUGUUCUUUGGUGAAGAUUUACCUUUAAAGUUCUUCGAGCAAUGGGAUCAGGAUUUGCUAUGGAUGAAAAGCAAUAAAGAUAAGCAUCCUUUAGUAAUUGUUGCAGGUACCUCUUUAGCUGUUUAUCCAUUUGCGAACUUACCUACUGAAGUACCAAACAACGUCUCGAGGACGUUGAUGAAUUUGGAAGUGGUCGGUGACUUUAAUAUGAACAUGAGAAAGUCAGACAUAAUUAUCAAAGAUAAAACAGAACAAAUAACUAAUCGACUAGUUGAGAAACUUGGAUGGCAGACAGAGUUUGAUAAAUUAAUUAGCAAGGGCGAACCUUCCACCUCAGAAGAAAAGGAAACAAUAGAAGGUAUCUUAAAAGAUCUAGAAAAUCUAAACAUUGAAGAUACCAAACCUCCUAAGCUAGUAAAAGAAGAGGCUCUCGAAAAGGAAAAGAAAUCUGAAAUGUCGUAUGAAGAGCUGGGAGAUACUAGCGAAUUACUGGUGAGGGGGGAAGAUAUUACAGUUGCAGCUUCUGAAAAAGCAGAACAAGAUAAAAAGCAUGACAACGAAGACAGUACUGAGUUAAUUGGACUUGUAGAGGAAACAUCUGACUUAAAAAUAACUUAA